CUCACUUAAAUUUAACCCUCGCGAGUGUAAGUUGUAUUUUCAUUGAGAGCCAGGGCUGCAAGACUUUAAGGUGACCAGCGUUUGUUAGCCAAAUUCAAAGUACAAAAUAAAUAAAAUUAAAAAUAAAACUAUUGUGAGCAGGAUCUUUCAUACUAUCUGUGCUAAAGCACAGGCCUCAAAAGCAAUGCAAAAAUUAAUGGAUAAAUAACUUAAGAUAACAUCUUAAGUAUAUCAUACGAUAUACGAUAGUGGAAGCCCUGGUUCGCUACGAUUUCUCAUGUGACAGCUGUGGGCGAAUGAAAAUAAUGAUAAGCCAAGUCGGACGAGAGCUCUACAAGGUGCCGCUUCGCAUUCUAGACCAUCGCGUGUUCGUAAACGGCGAGAUCGAGGCCUUUCUUGAGAACUUCGAGGUGCGGCGCAACGACAGCGAAGUGGAGAAACUUUUCCAGGUCACCGAAACAGUGGGAUCUCUGAAGUACGAUCUGUCCCGGUGCAGUGCAACCGGAAGGGGUAGCGGAGCCGAGAACCUCGCCCAACUGGACACGGAAGUCAGCCAUCUGCUGGACGGGGUCAACGCACUCUUGGCGAAAGCGAAGGUGGAACGAACUGCUAGCACCCAGUUGCAGGAGGCGCGACUGGCACGUGAGCAACGCCGGGCGGAGUUCCUAACCAAUUUGGAGCACGGCUAUCGCCGAAUCGAGAACUCAUUCGAGGAGAAGGAGGAGGAAAUCGCAGAGCUUUACUCAGAUUUGCAACUAAAGCUUAACAUUGCCAAGUAGAAACUAUGCUGAAGUCAACGAUUGUUGAUCCGCGGGUGCGCCUUGUGCCGUCAAAGAAGCUGCUUGACUUUCUGGACGCCCAAAAGAAGCACUUAAAGGAGUUGCCCGAAAAUGUGGCCAAGAUUAUGAAGCAAAGAGGCCACACACUGCCCACCUCUAUUAGGAUUAUCAAGGAUGCGGGCUUGGAGUACAAACGACCAAAACUCAAUUACGAGCUGUUGACAAAACUAACUGAAAACCUAGCCGACAAACCAGAAGAACCUGCUAAGGAUAAAUCGGAACCAGAUUCAGGGGUCAAGGAUAGUGAUGACGCAAAGUCAACAAGGGAGGUUAAACAUUUCCUAUACUUAACCGACCUGCACUGGCUCUCAAAAACACUGGCUGAACUGCGUCGUCAGGAUCACUGCCAAGUCUUUCUGCAUCAGCUAAUUGAGUCCUGUGAUCUGCUCCUGCCCGAAAACGAAAUGAAGCCGCGCAAUCCUGAGCUAGAAGCGCGCUGCCAACGUCUUCGCGCAGAGCAACAAAAUCGGGAUUACCUCAAAAUGACCAAGAAUGUGGAUGCCGGCUUAAAACACUAUCCAGAGGACACUAUCAGCUAUCAGAUUAAGAGCCUUAACAAGCAAAUCAUUGCCGUGGUGCAGUUCAUCUUCUCCGUGGCCGCUGGCUUUACGUUCGGCUUUUUCGGCGUCAAUUUGAUGGUGGGCCCGCUGCCUUUCGGCUUUCGCAUCUUGCUGGGCGUGAUUGUAGCGCUCAUCAUAGCCCUGGCUGAGAUGUACUUCCUGGCCAAGAAGCUGCACGAGUACGAUGAGGUCUUGGACGCGCCCAAACGUAAGCCGCAGCCAUCGACGCCGGCUAAGCGCACCCCGCCCGCCGAGGGAAGUCAAGUCCAGACAUUGAAACCCCAUGUUGACUAGAUAGAUGAUCUGCGAGUAAAAAUCGUUCUUUGUCGUUGUAUUAUUUCGCUUUGCAAUGUUAGGUUAUAUAAAU